AUGACCGGGCGAGAUGACAUCUCAGAAGCAAAAUCAAAGGGCAAGAUCCUGGCACCCAGUGUGGGAAAUGAGAAAUCGGGGAGGCUCCAUGGACCUGCAAUGAGAUCCAAAGGCUUUGCCAUCACUGACCUGCUUGGUCUGGAAGCAGAGUUGCAGCCCCCAUCAGUAUCUUUGCCCAACUGUGAAGGUCCAGGAGUCAGUCUAGGUGGGGUAUCCCUGACUAAUGGCUCUCUCCCACUUGGACUGGGCUUUCUGUGUGGCUUUGCAUCUCAGCAGCCCCCUGGGACUACAUGCCUUCUCCCAACUCAUAUCCCUUUUCUACAGCCCAGGCCGGACCACCAUUAUCUCCAUACUUCAGACAAGCACAAGGAAAAUAUUUCAGAUGAUGACAGUAUACUGGGAGAUAAGAAUGACCUGAAGGCAUCCAGCGCCCAAUCAAAAAGAAAGAAAAGAAGACACAGGACUGUGUUUACUGCUCAUCAGCUGGACGAAUUAGAAAAAUCUUUCAAUGAAGCUCAUUAUCCGGAUGUGUAUGCCAGAGAAAUGUUAGCACUAAAGACAGAGCUCCCUGAGGACAGAAUACAGGUUUGGUUCCAGAACAGAAGAGCUAAGUGGAGGAAGCGUGAAAAGUGCUGGGGCAGAAGCAGUGUUAUGGCAGAAUAUGGUCUCUAUGGAGCCAUGGUGAGACACUCCAUUCCUCUACCGGAAUCCAUUAUCAACUCAGCCAAGAAUGGACUUGUGGGUUCCUGUGCUCCGUGGCUUCUCGGGAUGCAUAAAAAGUCUGUUGACAUCACCAGUAAAGUGGACGCCGAUGACCUGGUAACAGAGCGUUCCAGGGGAGAGUCCCAGGUUCGUGAUUUCACAAACCCACAUUCAGAAUCCCACAGAAGCCCACGGCAUCACAGCCACUCAAUGGACAUUUCAGAAGAGAGAGCCAUUGAUCUCUCAAGCACCGCAAAACAAGAGAACCAAUCUAGCGGGAGACACAACUCUAUUAGAGACAGUCAGAGCGACUUUACUGACAGUGACCACUGA